AGCGAAGAGUCCGCGCGCGCGAAGGGGCGAUUCCUCGCCAACGUCUCGCACGAGCUCCGAACGCCGAUGAACGCGAUCACCGCGUGCGCGACGCUGAUGCGCGACCACGAGGACGAGCUCAGCCUCGAGAACCGAGAGCUGCUUCAGAUCAUCGAUCAGAGCUCGAAGCACAUGCUCGACCUCGUGACUCAGAUUUUGAGCUUCUCGAAGGAGGACAACGCGCUGCAAGGGAUGUCGCUCGCGAAGGGCGCGCGCGUGAGCGAAGUGUUCGACCUCCGCGAGUGCGUGGAGCAAGUCAUCGAGCUCCAGAGCGCGGCGAUCGGGAUGCGGCGCGCGUUCGUCGAGCUCGCGUACGUCUUCUCCGACGAAGUGUGCGAUCAUUACGUCGGCGAUCCGCUCGGGGUGAAAACCGUGUUGCUCAAUCUCGUCUCCAACGCGGUGAAGUUUACGGAACGCGGGCACAAGAACGCCGUCGCGGUCGCGUCGAGCGCGCACCCCGACGUCACUUCGUAUGGGCAAUUACCCUCACGGCGCGACGUUCGGUUCACGGUGUCAGACACCGGUCCGGGGAUCCCCGCGGACAAGCUCGAGACGAUCUUCAGACCCUUCGAGCAGGCGGACGACGCGACGACGCGGUCGCACUGCGGCACCGGCCUCGGCCUGAGCAUCUCGCGGUCGAUCGUGAAGAGGCUCGGCGGCGUCAUC